UCCGACGAGGACGACGCGUUUGGGUGGCAAUUGUACCACGACCGGCAGCGCAACUUGCUCUACUACCUGCACAGCUACACUGGGGAAGUGCGGUGGCCUCGCCCGGAGACCGUGGGCUUCGUCAUGCACGGACUCAAGCCGCUGCCUGCGCAUGCUGCCGCAAGGGUCGGCACAGACCCCAGCGUCGUCAACCCAGACAUUUGGAGCCCGUACUACCCGCAUGUGGUCAUGCUGCCCUCCGGGUUGAUGCAGGUGCACCCUGGCCCGGGGUCGGAGAGCCAAGGCGCGACGGAGAUGUGGUGCGGGUACAACCGCUUCCCUCUUGCAACGCUGCCGCCUACGUGGGAGGAAUCGCCUAGUGGCUCGCCAUUCCUGCCUCCAUACCCGGUGGCCAUUCUCGGACGUGACGAUGCAGAGAACAAGCGGCAAACAGCUCCAAGGCCCCCGCUUGGCCACAUCGACGAGCACUUCCACACGCCCGCGACCGAUCCCCCGAUCGCAAACAACCAGGUGAGUACUCUUACCCGAAGGGAUACCCGGCGCCGAACACUGCGCCGAACACGGAGAAGAAGGAGCACAACCGCAAGGGGUAUCUGCUCCGCCAGGCGCGCAAGAUGA